AUGUAUCGCGUUGAAGACAACCGUCUGUUUACCUUUACCCGAAUCUGUGAUGAAAUAGCAGUGGAACGAAGUUAUUUAAAUAAGGCACAAAUUUUACAAAAUUUCUUUAAGAAAGGAUGCAACAAAAAGGAAUUCAAGGGCGAUUUGCUGUUAUGGGUUCGCAUGUUAAUACCCUCCGAUUCACAGCGUGUCUACAAUUUAAAAAAUAAACAAAUGUUGAAGUUGUUUUCAAGACUCUUUCAAACGGAUGCCCAUGAAAUGCAAUUGGAUUUGGAACAGGAGGGUGAUGUCUCCGAAACAUUGCGUAAAUUUUUUGAGACAUCGAAUAAGCUGAAACCCCAAAAGGAUAGCUCAUUGUAUUUACAAGAUGUUGAAGAAUUUCUCGUGAAAUUGGAACAACGUACCAAAGAGGAUGAACAAACCGGACUGCUGAGGGAGCUGUGUAAACAAACUACGUCACAGGAUUUGAAGACGAUUAUCCGCAUAAUAAAUCAAGAUUUACGAAUGAAUGCAAAAGCUAGUCAUGUCUUGGCGGCAUUUGGCCCCAUGGCAUAUUCUGCAUAUCAGGCCACAAGAGAUCUCUCAGCAGUUGUCAAACAAUUUGCUUUUAAGAAAACCGAGGGCAAUAAUAUCUUCACUGCAGCCGAGCCAAAAGCCAAAGGCAAGAAAGCAGCAGCUGGUUCUGUACAAGUUAUGACACCCAUAGCACCAAUGUUGGCUAAUGCUUGCAACUCCGUGGAGGAGGCCUUUCGAAAAAGUCCUUCGGGUCUAUUCAGUGAAAUUAAAUAUGAUGGCGAGCGAGUGCAAAUACACAAACAGGGAAAUGAGUUUAAAUUCUUUAGCCGUAAUUUAAAGCCAGUUAUGGAUCACAAAGUUAAGCGUUUCAAGGAAAUGAUACCAAAGGCCUUUCCUGGAGCUGGUGAUAUGAUAUUGGAUUCGGAAAUAAUAUUGGUUGACACUUUGAGUGGGGAAUUGUUGCCAUUUGGUUCACUGGGUGCCCACAAAAAGAAAGAAUAUCAACAUGCCGAAGUUUGUCUUUUUGUAUUCGAUUGCAUAUUGUUUAAGGGAGAAGAUCUAACCAAUACCCCCCUUCGACAACGUCGAAAAAUUCUCGAAGAUAAUAUAACACCCAUACGUAACUAUGUACAACUAUCCGAAUCACAUUUUCUGAAGACAAAAACUGAACUAUCCCUAAUGACUGCUAAAGUUUUGAAAGCCCAUUUAGAAGGUGUUGUGCUAAAAGAUCCAUCCGGUACAUAUCAACCCGGCAAGAGAGGAUGGCUUAAGGUUAAGAAAGAUUAUCUAUUUGGUGGUCGUAUGGCAGAUACAGCAGAUUUAGUGGUAUUGGGUGCAUCAUAUGGUUCGGGUAAAAAAGGUGGAGUUCUUAGCAUCUUUCUAAUGGGUUGCUAUGAUGAACGUGAUCAUCUGUGGAAAACUGUUACCAAGGUGCAUACAGGGUUGGAUGAUCAGACACGCCUUGAGAUGCAUGAUCAUUUAAUGAAAUUAAUGGAAAGAUCCGAUCCAAAACAUUUGCCAACAUGGUUUUUGUGUAACAAACCCUUAGUACCGGAUUUCAUUGCCAAAGAUCCGAAGGUUAUGCCAGUUUGGGAAAUUACAGGAGCGGAAUAUACAAAAUCUAAUGAACAUACCGCCUCGGGUAUAUCAAUACGAUUUCCACGCAUAACACGUUUGCGGGAUGAUAAAACAGCCAAGGAGGCCAAUAAUCUUGAACAUUUGGAAAAUAUGUAUGAAGCCUCAAAGAAUAAUGUCAAUGUGGAUUUAUUAAUAAAGGGGUGUGAUGAGGAAUCAGAGGAUAAAGUGAAAAUAAAUAGUAAACUUAAUUUAAAAGAUUCCACAACAACACCAAAACGAGAAAUAAAACAAGAACCCAUGGAUGACAGCCCACAAAGCAGCAGUAAAAAGAAAGCAAAAACAACACCGUCAACCAGCAAUAAGAAAAGAAAAUCCAUAAAUACACCUGAUGAAGAUCAAGACGAAGAAUUUGUGGAAAAUAAAAAAAUCAAAGUGGAAAAAGACGUCAAAAAAGAAAGCAAAACAUCUACGGCUAAAAAACAAUUGACACUUGAUUUUGUGUUGAAAAAGGAAAUUAAAAAAGAAGUGGAUGAGCCACCCACGACGUCUUCCAAAAAUAUCGUAAAACAGCAAUUGAAUGAAUCUCCCUCAACCUCAACAAAAACGACUUAUGGACAAUCGGCUGAUGUAUCAACCAUUCGAAAGAAAAGCAAUCUAUUUAAAAAUCUAACUGCCUAUUUCAAUAAUGUGAACGAUGCUGAUAAAUUAAGAGAGAGUUUUAUAGCUAAUGGUGGUAGUGUUACCACAAAUAAAAAAUUAGCCAAUUUAAUUAUACACGAAACCUGCCAUCCACCCAAUAUUACAUUAAGUUAUUGUAGAUCGAAAUAUCGUGCGUCUUGUCAUCAUUUAAGUAAACAAUGGCUCUUGGAUUGUCUCAAAGAAAAUUCGCUAUUAGAUUAUGGCCUUUAUGCAGUUGUCCUAACGACGAAAUAA